CUAUAAAAGGCGCACGUCUAACGCAUUUUGCUGCCAAUUCGAAAAGUGUUUCGAGCACACGCAUUCCAGUUUACAUCUGCAUCACAGAACACCUACACAGCGCAACUGUUGCACAAAGUUUUUUAUCGCCAGUGCAUUAAAAGUGAAGUUGAAAGCGGGCCACAGUUGAUAUCUUACAAAUUCCCUUUGCCAGUUUAAAACGUGCUCACUUCGAUCUGAAAAUGUGCUGCCAGAAAUUUAGUUGGACUAUCUUUGUAUUUCUGGUCCUCUUUACGCUUGUGACAGGCUCCUGUUUGGAAUUUGGACACUCGUGCUGGGGCGCUCACGGCAAGCGUUCGGGCAACAGGGCAGCAAUUGCAGCUAAGCAGCCAACACCUCUGGUCGACAGCCUGGCUGAGCAGCUCUUCAACAACAAUAUGAAUGCUAUUGACGAUGACAGUAACAACAAUAAUAAUAACAACAACAACAAUGACAACAAUAACAUGAAGAACUACAACUUGCCCCAAGCUGCGUCCGCUUUGACGCCCUCAGCGAGCGAAUCGAGCGCGGCCGAACGCAAUCGAGAUGUGAACGAGGCAAAAUGGAGGCAGCUGCUGCGGCAGCAUCGCUUGCAGCUGCGCCAGAUGCAGCGCCAGUUCGAUGCCAGCGAUGCAGCCGAGAGCUGGCGCAAGUUGCAGCAAGCAUUGGCCGAGGCAGAGCAGCAGCAGCAACAACAGCAGCAGCAAAUGUUGCCGGUUGCCGACUUUUUUGAACUUGCAAAGUGAACGUUGACCGAAUAAUGAGAAAAACAUGUAUACGAGGCACAGAUACACACACACACACAGACACACACACACACUCACACACAGAGACAGACAGCCACACGCAUAAACAAAUUGAGCUGAAGUUAAGCAAAAACAAUUAAACGAUAUUUAUUCCAUCAGAUAAGUGAUCUUUGCAUGCUGCGCCCCAAUUAAAAAAUUUAAAAAUAAAAAAAAAAAAAUUAAAAAAACAGCAACAACAAAAUGGCAAAUAAAAAGUUUUCGAUCACAACUUUGGGAUUUCUGCACGCGAAUCGCGUAUACGACACGUCGGCCAGCUAGCAAGAGCUAAGCGUUAAAUGCGAAUGAUCUAUUGUAUUAUUAAGCAACAUUAAAUGUAAAUGAUAGAAACAUUUUAAGCUUUUGUUUUCAAUUACUUAUACUUUCAAUAACAAUAUCAAUAUUAUUAUUAUAACCACAUUAUAUGCAUAUUUCUUGUUUUCUUCCCUCUCUGCGCUUUGCGAGCACAAUAUUGCGCCAUUGGCUGGAUGCCGCAAUAUUGCCUAGAUCAAUUAAUCAAAUAUUUUUGAAUAUAUAUCAAAUAUACGAAUUCCAAAUUCAGAAUUCAAAUUCAUAAUCAAUUUAAAUUGUACUUAACCGAAAGUAAAGUAACUAUUAUUCUAUACAUACAACACGUUUUAAUAGUAACAAAUAAAGCUUAUGAACUAAAGUGCAAAGCAA